CCUCCUCACUCAAUCCGGCUGAGACAGACGCCGAGUCACCCCCCCUCCCGCAUUUUCCCGCAGCUCAUUCGGCCGGCGAGACGCGAGAGUCCGUAGGCUCGCCGGGAUCGCUGUCCCCAGGAUGGCCGCCAACUUCUGGGCGUCGUCGCACUGCAAGCAGCUGCUGGACAACCCGGAGGAUGCGGACCUGGUGCCGGCGGCGGACCGGGAGCGGGGCAUCACGCCGGAGGAGUUCCGCCUCGUCAAGAUCCACAUGUCCUUCCAUAUCUGGCGGCUGGCGCAGCAGGUGAAAGUUAGGCAAAGAGUUAUAGCUACGGCAGUCACUUACUUCAGGCGUGUGUAUACAAGAAAGAGCAUGUCAGAGUAUGAUCCUCGUUUGGUCGCACCUACUUGUUUGUAUUUGGCGUCAAAGGUGGAGGAGAGCACAGUGCAAGCACGGCUUCUUGUCUUCUACAUAAAAAAGAUGUGUGGUACAGGUUCCGAUGAUAAGUACCGGUUUGAAAUUAAGGAUAUUCUUGAAAUGGAAAUGAAGCUCCUGGAAGCACUUGAUUAUUAUUUGGUUGUUUUCCAUCCAUAUCGUCCUCUCUUACAGUUAUUGCAGGAUGCUGGCAUAACUGAUCUGACACAAUUUGCCUGGGGCCUCGUUAAUGAUACUUACAAGAUGGAUCUUAUUCUCAUAUAUGCACCCUAUAUGAUUGCACUUGCCUGCAUAUACAUUGCAAGUGUUCUUAAAGAUAAGGACACCACUUCAUGGUUUGAAGAACUCCGCGUCGACAUGAACAUUGUUAAGAAUAUCUCAAUGGAAAUUCUGGAUUUCUAUGACACUUACAAGAUCGAUCCUCAAAGGGGCCUCCCAGAGGAUAAGAUUAGCCCUGUGCUGAACAAGUUACCGGCAAAGUCUUAAGCUCCAGUUUCGCUAUUUAUGGUCUAUUUCAAACUAAGCAUGAGCGACUAACAAGCUCACAAUUCCAUGACGGGAGUGUGCGUGUGCGCGCGUGUUUUGUGUGUAACAUGUAUUGGCGAACUACCUCUUAGACUCAAAGCCCUAAUUUGAUAUCCCAUGGUAGGGGAUGCUCUGUCGGUGCUUGUAAUCGUCUCUUGUUGCUUUCAUGACUUCGAUAUCAUAGACAACUGCGAUGGAAUUUUACACCGGUUCAGUAGUA